CAUUCAGGAGGUAAAAUUUGAAAGCUAAAUGCAAAGAAAUGUUUGCAAAUGUAGCAAAACUGUAUAGAGGGUCUGUGCGCGCGCGCGCGUGCGUGUGUGCGCGUGAGAGAGUGCGUGCGUGUGUUCUCGUCUCAUCCGUGUUGCGGGUACACACCUCAGCAACAAUCCACGAUACAGUACACGAGACAGGAGCUGUCUACGUAGAACAUAUACACACACACACACACACACGCACACGCGCGCGCGCACACAUACACGCACGCGCGCAGAGGGACAGUGAGAACCAGUUUUUUCUAGCAGUGUGAGUGUGGUGUGAGCAGACCAAAGGUGAAUCCAGUAUGAGCAUGAAGGAAGACGGACUCAUAACCAAUAUGGGAAAGUCUAAAACAAAGAGAAUGGAGAAGUCCAAACCAGAUACUGAAAGGGACUCUGGCUUCUCGGAUGCUAGUUCUGAGCAUCUGAGUGUGGUUGAGCAGACAGAUACAGAGGAUGCAGGGCAACCCGUAAUGCAAGCUGUGUCAGGCACCAGGUCCCAAACAUCUCAGCUGGCUGUAAUAGGAGGAUCUUUUCAAAGUCUGUCACCGAUGAUCAUCAUGAAUAAUGUUCUUCUUAAGCAGCCGAGUCGAGAUAACCCUCCCUCUGUAAAGUCAUGGGGCUUCAGUCCAGCUGUUGAGGUGGUUCAGCAACCCCAAGUAGUCUUCCUCCAACCAGUUAUCUCGCAAAGAACUGCUUCAGAACCAAAAGGACCACAGAGUAAACGCCGUAAGCACAAGAAGUACCUCCCCAUCUUGAAAUCCUAUCCAAAAAUUGCCCCCCACCCAGGGGACAGUAGCUGCACCAGUAGAAGCAGCAGCUCCACUAUUACUGCAUCAGUGAAAAGUUCUUCUUCGUCUUCCAGCUGUUGGGAUCCUCCUGAUAAAGACCAGCAGCAAGCUGAACAAACUAGUUCUUCUGGCUCCUUCACUCUAAACCACACUACACCAACUAGGCAGCAUCUAGAAUCACCUCAGCCCCAUACACCACUCACUGAUUCUACCACUGGCAGUUGUCCUGGUGUGAAAAAGCCCACAGCUGAAAGACUGGAGCCUGCAACAGAACCCACAGACAUUUGUGAUAAGACAUUACAGACUCGACCACAAGCUGCCUUGGAAGAUGACGUGUGCCAGAACACGGACUCCGACACCAGUGAGAAGAGGAAGCGUUUUUGCAACACCUAUAACGUUCUAAGUAAAUCAGGGCUGCUGGACAUCACACUGCGCACUAAAGAGUUAAUACGACAGAAUCGGCGUACUCAGGUCGAGCUGGAUCAACUCCGUGAGCACACGAACUUGUUUAUGGAGGCCCUACAGACAGGAGAUUUGUGUAUCUGGAGCAAACUGCAGUUGAGUAUGCAGGAGGAAAGUGAGAAGGAGAAGACUGUGAAUACUGGAUCAGAGACACAAAAUGAUCAUAUGAAAUAGACACUAAAAUCUAUAAAAGAGACUUUUGAAGCAGUUAUGCAAAUGUUACUACUCCUUUAUCCUGUUUUAUUUCAACAUGGCGGAAUGUGUCUUAAGUUUGAGAACUUCCAAGGCGUGAAAUAGUAUGGAAAAAAAGACAAACUAAAUAUAUUCAACUAUUCAUAGCGGUGUUCCCGGCAAAUUGGACAAAAGGAACAGCUGGUAGCUCACGGCUCCACGGUCUCCAGUUCAAUCCUGCUUUCUGAUGACUAUCUGUGUGGAGUUUCACACUGUUCUGGCCGUGUGUUUGAGGGUUUCCGCUGAGUUCUCUGGGCUUUUUUUUUUACCACCUCCAAAAACAUGCAGAGAGGUAGAUUGGCUUAUUAAAAAAUGGUAGGUUCUGGAACUAUCAUGACCACGAUGGUGCAGUUACUAUAGAUAAAUUAGAACUUUGGCUCAUAAUAUAUAAUAAUGAUCAACACUUCUAUAGAAACACAGCCACAGUAGUAAAGCCAAUAUGUCUAUACAAUAAUAUAAAUAUAUUGUGUUCAAAGCAUUUGUAAUGGCUUUAUCUUUUUACCUCAGUAACGUAGUUAGAUCGUGAGGUUAACAUAGUAAAGCAACAUUGUGAAUAUGCUCAUGGAUUGUUAAAUAGCAUGCAUUACAUCAAAACUAAUAAUAUGGGAAUAUGAAAAAAAGGAUGCUCAUAAAUAUACUGACAUAUCAGCAGGCUUAUCACCUUAUCACCUCAGCGAUAGUACUAAAAAGUAAUUAGUAAUCAAUCUAUUGAAUGUAUAAAAGAUCCGCUUAGUGCUGAAACAAUUCUGUCCCUGUAGCGUGGAUUUGUUUGCAGCAGUUCUCUACUGUGCUUCUUUUACCUGUGUUACCUUUGUACUAUAAUGUAGUAGCAUUAAAGGAUUUAUAAAUAUC